AGAGGAAGGCGGCAGCAAACGCGGGAUCGAACGGUUACGGUGAAGAUCCGUGGAUCGUCUGCUCGCUCGCGGCAGCACACGCAGUCUCCUUAAACCGACACUGGAUUGUUUUGCUCCGAAGGAGGAAAUUCGGAGUAGUGUUGAUAUUCGCGCUGUUCUGCAAAAGUUUUUAUCACACAUUUUGUUACGCCUUUAUCAUCGCAAAAUGAGGACUUCUGCCUAACUGCAGUCUGUUGAAGUGUAAUUUACGUUUGUGCGGUGCCAUUAGAUUAUUAAUUUUAUCAUCAAUUGCGUAAAGAUGUUAUUUUCGGAUGAAGAUAUUUAAAGUAAGACGUUAAACUAAAAAUUAAAAGUUUUGGUGUUAGAGACCAGCUAAUUACUUUAUCCGGCAGAAGAAUCAUUGAGCUUCGUAGUACUGACUUCUUGAAAUGGACAUAUUCCAACUCCCAAAACAAUAACAACAAGCUUUUCGAGAAUAGAAAUAAGCAGCUGAUAGGUACCGAUAAAAGAAGAAACUUGAGAGAAAAGUGAGAAACUGAGCCACUUGGAUGCGUUGGGUGUAUUGAUGCGAAGUAAAACAGCUUUCAGGCUAGAGAAGUGAAAAGAACUGGUUUUUCGAGCAGCAGAAGCAAAGAGAGAUUUGGGUACUUAGAGUACGGACGGACGUGCAUCGGCCGCGAAAAAUCGUUUUCCACGAUUGAUCUCCAUGGCAUCAUGGCCACCAGUCCGGCCAAUCCGUACAACGCGGUAAUCCACGAAGGCAUGCAGGUGGCAACUUCCCAAGCGAGUUACGGCCGAGAGCCUCCAGAAAUGAAAUAUAUGCCCCCUAAUCCGCACCAGGGCCCAAAUGGACAUGCUCUCGCUCCCCAUCAUCAGUGGGUGGGUUUGCCCCCUCACAGCGAUCCUUCGCCUUGGUCGGGUGGUGGCAUGAGUCUACAUGGUGGAGGCCAAGAUAUUAAACCGAGUGACAUACACCCAGGAGCCCUUCACCACCGUCCGCCCCAGCACAUGGGGGCACCGUGGCAUCCUUCUCUUGGGGCGACGACCCACAUGGGAGGUCACAUGAGCCCUAGCCCUAACGGCUCUCCUCCCCUGCAGCACCCGUACGGUGCGAUGAACGGCAUGCUCACCCACGGGGGUGCCCAGCUACACCCGGCAAUGCGAGAAAUGCAGCAUCCUUCGGAGCACCAUCCACACCACCAACAUCAUCAUCAGCAUCACCAUCAACACCACCACCACGAUGAACAUCACUUGUUGGAUCCGAGGCACCACCCGGACGGCUCCGAGGAGGAAGCGCCGAGCUCGGAUGACUUGGAACAAUUCGCGAAACAGUUCAAACAGAGGCGCAUAAAGUUGGGGUUUACCCAGGCAGACGUUGGUCUAGCCUUAGGAACCCUCUACGGCAAUGUGUUCAGUCAAACCACCAUCUGCAGAUUCGAGGCGCUACAGUUGAGCUUCAAGAACAUGUGCAAGUUAAAGCCUUUACUCGCCAAAUGGUUAGAGGAGGCGGACAGUACGACUGGGUCGCCCACCUCCAUCGACAAGAUAGCCGCUCAGGGCCGUAAACGUAAAAAAAGGACAAGCAUCGAGGUGUCCGUGAAGGGCGCCCUCGAGAACCACUUCCACAAGCAGCCCAAGCCAUCCGCUCAGGAAAUCGCCGGACUGGCGGACAGUCUUCAAUUGGAGAAGGAAGUAGUCAGGGUCUGGUUUUGCAACAGGCGGCAGAAGGAGAAGCGCAUGACCCCACCUGUUAACAUCGGGGGCGCCGGGGGGCCCGGCACCCCUGGAGAGAUGAUGCUCACACAUAGCCCCCCCGGCCACGGCUCCCUCCAUUCGCACAGCCCUCCGAUGCUGUCCCCUCAUGCGCCGCCCCAGAACCAUGGUCCCCAGUCGCACAAUAUCCACGGUCAGUCCCUUACGGCCCACUGACAAAUAGCCCCCUGCUUCGUCCUUCCGAAUACAGGGCAUCACCACCCCCUCUAUGACUGAAGUGUUCAGGAAGCGAAAUGCCAGCACUCCUUAUAUAUAAAAAUACAAAUAUAUAUUAUAUAUAUUGUACAUAGAAAAAGAGAAACUGACCACCUUGGUUAGAAUUACUGCGAUGUGAAACGGACGCUAAUGUUCAUGUACUGUAUGUAAAGAAGAUGGACAUGUUGUGGUAACUCUUCAACACAUAUAAAUAAUACAUAUAUAUAUAUAUAUAUAUAGUGCCAAUGUUGUCCUUUUUUCACCACAGACAUUUUUUUAAAUAAUUCACCAUAUGCCAUCAUCAAGUCAUUUGUACAUUUGAAACUACGGCUCAACAUUUUAGAAUAUUUGGAAGAACAUAAAGAAAAUUCGAGGAGGAAUUUUUGGGGGGAGGGAGAGGGGGCCGAAGAGUUUGAACAUUGGCUUAGCAUUUCUUAUGUGUCCUUUCUAUCACAAACCUCAUCCUGGGUGAUGUCGUUCACCGGUUGCCCCAGCCACUCCGGUCGGAUUCAGAUAUUGAGAUAGAGGAGAAAGUCAAGGAAGACGUUCAGAGAGCGUGUUGAAAGGACAGGCAAGAAUUUAGAGCACCGAUCGUCACAAGGAAGGGACCUUCAGUGGUCCCUGUUUUUCCAGUCUCUGCACAGAUUCUCGUGAAUGACUAUGACACUCCAUCUGUAUUUUGCAUGCUUAGAAUCUGAUAAAAGAUAAAAAAAUACUUAUAAAAAAUUAUACAUUCUA